GGAGCCUUGGGCAGUGGUUCAAGGCUUCUAGCAGAAGGCAGAGAGCAAGGAGGCGUUGGGAGAAGGGAGAAGCAUGGCGAGUGUGAAGGAGUACGGUGCGGUCGCGGGAAUGGUUUCAGCGCAGGCGAUCAUCGCCAACAUGUUGCUCCUCUCCCGCUACCUCUUCACCCAAGGCAUGAGCUUCUACGCCUUCGUCUUGUACCGCCAGAUGAUUACAACCCUCGUCAUCGCUCCUAUUGUUUUCUACCUCAGCAGAGGGAGGAGGCCUUGCGUUCGGUGGAAGAAUGUGAAGCAGAUCUUUCUACUCGCAUUGAUGGCAGUGACAUUGAAUCAAAUGUUGCAUAAUGCUGGUAUCGCACUCACGUCCUCCAUCUUUGUUGGCACUAUGAACAAUCUCAUACCGUCAAUUACUUUCUUGCUAGCCUAUCUCCUCAGAUUGGAGGAGUUAAAUAUAAGGAAAAGGGAUGGGCGAGCUAAGAUCCUUGGCAUAAUUCUAGGUUUAGGAGGGGCAAUGGUGAUGACCUUCUUCAAGGGCCAUCAUGAAAACCAACAUCUACAACAAUUAGGAUUAAACAUGGAGUCAUUUCUCUUGUCGCCAAUGCUCAAAUUCUUUGGCCAAAGUGGUGGUAGCUUCAUAUUGGGAGCCUUUAUUGCCAUCAUUGGGUGUUCCUCCUUCUCAGCUUUUCUACUUUACCAGGAGGCAAUAAUUGAAGAAUACCCUUGUAAAGUCUCCCUCUCGUUCCAGAUCAGCUUAAUGGGCCUCCUCCAGUGUGCAGUUGUUUCACUUAUAUUGGAUAAGCCCUCAGCCCUAAAACUGCAGUGGAACAUGCAGCUCCUUCUCAUAGUUUACUGUGGAAUUUGCAUGGGUAUAGAAAGAUUCAUCAUAAUAAUGUGUGUGAAGGAAAAGGGUGCAGUCUAUGUUGCAGCUUUCAAUCCCCUGACUACAGUGAUUGUGGCCAUUCUUGAGCCUUUGCUACUGCAUGAACAGCUCACCUGGAGCAGGUAAAGGAAUGAAACAGAUCAUUUCACUUAUAUACUAAUGCAGCCAAAAAGUAGAAAUGAAACGACACAUUCUACUUGUCAUUUCAUUCUCAUUCUCAUCUAGUGCUAUCUAGAGUUAAUGCCUUGAAUUCCUGAGAAUUCAAGAUGAGACAAGGUACCAGCACAUAAUAAGUAGCAGAGUUCUUGGAUGAUCAUCUCUAUAGUUUCUUAGUUGUAGUUUGGAUUUCUUCUUGGAUGAGAAUUUCUAUGCUUUCUUAUCUGUAAUUUGUUUUUGUUUUUAAUUAUGUUUAAGACCUUGAAUAGAGGCACCUUUAAAGAUUGCGUAUGAAUUCGGUGUUAGUACAUAGUGAUUGGGUGCAAUUGUUGAAGGUUUGAGUCCAAAAUGUGUGAAUCAGAUUCUUUUAAUUGGUUGAAGAUAAGAGACAAUUACCACCAUCAUGCUUGCCUAAAGGGGUACCUUGAGAUUUGAGACUCCAAUCAAUCUUAUAGAAAAUUAGUCAGUGGAGCAGGAACAAUAGGUGUCUAUGGGUUGUGCCAAAACAGCCUGGCUUAGCUACUGCUGCAUUUGACCUAGAUCAAAUAAAACCAUUUUUGGGUAAGAUCAAGCAUGGCCUUGGUCAGCACUGACCACAACGCAACAGUGACAACAAUUGUCUAAAAUCAUAGGAAUUAAGCUCUCUAAAAAGAAUGAAUAUAUGUAAGCCAACAAAGCUCACUUCUCUCCCUAGAGAGUGUAGAUGAGCAUAAGGUAGAAAGCAAGGUCUCUCUUCUAGGGCUUGAGAACUUGAAAGUCUAAAGCCUUGAUGGUUCUAAGGUGUUGGAGUUGUUUGGAGCACUUGUGAGUAGAAUGAUUGGUAUUUUUUUCAGUAGCCUUGUUAUCCAAACACCUCCAAGGGUGCUUAUAUACCUAGAUCCAAUCUUCACCUUUAAAGUUGAGGGACAAAUCUCUAGUCAACUAGAUAAAGUACUCUAAUCAACUGAACAUUCAAAAUUAGUGCAUUUGAGCCAACGAUACUAUGCACAAUUGACUCGAAGAGGCUUUAGUCCAUUUUUGGCCAUCAUAGGUCUAUUUUGGUCAUUUAAAACCAUUUGAAUUCGAAUGAGAUUUUUUC